GGACGGCGGCCGCCUUCUGCUUGGGCUUUUGUUUCACCCCCUCCUAAAAACCACCACUGCUGGACUAAGUGCGCGAGGCGGUCUGGAGCGGGUCUACAAAGGAUCGGCGUCCGGUUCGGAGCGGGUUCGACCCGGUUUGGAGCGGGUUUUGUAAAGAAGAGAAGGAGGGAAAGUUUACCUCUGCUUCGGUUCUCGUCUCUGCUGGCGGCCAUGUUCAGGUAGACGCCGGCUCGGCAGGUGCCCCCCACCCCCACCAUGCGGAAGCAUCUGGACCGGAUCCGGUUCCGGGGCCAGCGGCGGGACGAGUUCCUGGACCUCGCCGAUUCGCCCAACACGUCCGACACGGAGUGCGCCGAGGAGGCCGCCGUCAGAGCGCCGCUCGCCGCCAGGGACUCGGAGGAGCUGAGGGAGGCGGAGGGAGAGCAGAGCGACGCUCAGGCCAGUUCAGGAACCUUCUCUGCUGCUUUUCAAGACGACUCGAGGACGGAUCUCAACGAGGUCAAAGGUCACCUGGAAAUCGCUCUGUUGGAGAAACACUUCCUGCAGGAGGAGCUGCGUAAGCUGAAGGAGGAGUCCAGCGUGGACUCCCUGAGGCAGGAGCUGGAGAAGGAGCGCAGCAGGAGCGCCGAGCUGGAGCAGAAGAUCAACGACGCGGCCAAGCCCAGACUGGAAGACUCUCCCUCUCAGACUCCUAAAGCUCCGCCCCCUGCUGCUGCACCUGCAGCCACCAGCACAGACAAGCAGAAGAAGACUUUGUCCAACAGCUUCCUGAAGUGUCUUCAUGACCACUUCGGCAUUUACGUCGAGGACUUCCGCUUCCAGCCGGAGGAGCCGACGGUGGAGCCGGACGAGCCGCUGAGCGCCAAGAGGUUGACUGAAAACAUGAGACGGCUCAAACGAGGAUUCAAACCUGUGACCAAUUUCAAGAGGAACCUCACUGCCUUAUCCAGCUGGAACUCCGUCUACACGUCAGCCAUCGCCUUCAUUGUCUACAUGUACGCGGCGUGGCACGGCUGGGCCGUCCCCAUGUUCCUGUUCCUCGCCAUACUCCGCCUCUCCUUGAAUUGCCUCAUCGCCAGAGGCUGGAGGAUCCAGUGGAGCAUCGUCCCGGAGGUCUCGGAGCCCUUGGAGCCCCCGAAGGACGAGCUCACGGUGUCGGAGAAGUUCCAGCUGGUUCUGGACGUCGCUCAGAAGGCUCAGAAUCUGUUCGGGAGGAUGGCGAACAGACUGGAGAAAAUCAAGAAUCUCUUCAUGUGGGUGGAGCCCGCUCUGACCCAGAAGCUGUAUGUGGGGCUGUGGUUGGCCUUCAUCUCCUCCUGCCUGCUGCCCUUCAAGCUGCUGGGCUUCAUCAUCGGCGUGUACGCGGGCAUCAAGUUCUUCGUCAUCGACUUCUUCUUCAAGCGUUGUCUUAAGCUGCGUCAGCGCUUCGACACGCCGUUCAUCAUCUGGACCCACCUGCCCACGGACCUGCAGCUGAACGAGCGCGGCGGCACGGCGCUGAGCCGACGGCUGACUGUGACAGCCGGCCGCAGCUGCCUCGGCGCCGCCGCUCCUCCGGGCGCCGGCCGGGACGAGGACGCGGGCCGGUGCUCCAAGAGGGGAGCUUUCCACGACGUCUUCAGCCUGCCGGAGAGCGAGCGCCCUCUGACAGUGUGCGAGGGCGGCUGGCGCUGCUGCCUCAUCAACAGGGACAAGAAGACGCCGACGGACUACAUCCGCAACGGAUACCUCUUCGUCACCGAGAAUCAUCUGUGUUUCGAGAGCUCCAGCUCCAGAUCGAAGAAGAACAAGGUCAUCAAGCUGCUCGACAUCAUCGACAUCCAGAAGUACAAAGUUCUGUCGGUGCUGCCCGGCUCGGGGAUGGGCAUCUCCAUCGCCACGCCGUCCACGCAGAAGCCGAUGGUGUUCGGCGCGAUGAUCCACAGAGACGAGGCCUUCGACGCCAUCUUCACUCAGUACAUGAAGAUCCAGAACACGACGGCAGCCACCGGCCCGGAGACUCCGUGACGAUGUCUUCCCUCUCUCUCACACACACACACACACACACACACAGGAAUGGUUUCACUGUGUGCGAUAUUACGCCAGCCGGUUCCCAACGAAUCGCUAGUUUCAUGUCAGAAUACCGAUCACUGUUCUCAAUGUAGACACCCCCCCCACCCCCCACCGCCAUGCAGUACAUCAAAGUCCAUCAAUGCUCAUUCACUUGUUAUUUCCAGUUUUAUAAUUACAUCCAUUUUUAAACUAAGCUUCACACUAAAAGCUCUCCAAGGGCACAAUCCCUCCUUUUUUACUUGUGAGGCUUUUACAUUACAUUACAUUACAUGUCAUUUAGCAGACGCUUUUAUCCAAAGCGACUUACAAUAAGUGCAUUUCAACCUAGAGUGAUAUUGUGAAGGACGAGCUGUGACGUCAUUUCUGCGUUGUUGAGGCUGCAGGUUAGGUGACUGCUCUGUUAGCAUUCAUAUAGAUUCAUCAUUCAAGUCACUUCUCAUUCUCUGGGUGGAGCUGUUCGUCGUUCGGUUUUACAAUUCAAAGCAAACUGAAAAUCUCCGUUUCGGGCAAAAUGAGAUAUUUGAAGACGGUAGAAUCGGUUUAAGUAACUUAUAAAGAGACAAAUACCAUUAAAUGAAUGAAAAUGCACUAUUAUCAAACAAUAAUGGGACAUUGUACUUCUUAAUUGACUGUAGCGUCACCUAGUGGUCAAACUAAAGAUUACAUUUUUUUAUUGAGUCUUCAAUCUACAAUUAUUCUUGUUAUUUAAUAAGAUAAGUUGGUCUAAAAACAUGGUGAGAAAUGUCCGUCCCGAGGAGACGACAUCAACAUAUUUUUAUUUGGUCUGAGAAACGGUUCAAAACUCCCAAAUAUUAAUUUUUAUAAUUUUAAAAAGUGUCGCGAUGUAUUUUACUAAUAAAAUAUGUCGUUGACUUAAUAAUAAAUGUAAUCUGCCGUUUCACAGUAUUAGCAGAUUAACUUUGUUUUUAAACCUCACUCAUUUACAUUCGUGUCUUCAGGGAUUUGUAAAAACGUCAUUACACGUAGCUACGCCUCAGUCGGUUAAUAUUAUGGGAUGUCGGUUUUUACGUCGCGUAAGAGACGUUUGUUUUCUACAGGAAUGUUCUAGAAAACUUAAUGUAAACCGCAGCAUUAACCUCAAUAUAGCUCUUUUUUUUGUCUUGGCUAAAAGCUAAAAAAAUGACAAAAUUUAUUACGUAGCUUCUUUUAAAAAAGUUUUAGCUUAAAAGCAAAAUAACUAAAAUCUAACGAUCUCAAAGACGUGUUGAAGGAGGCGGAGCCUAACUUUCACCGUAGCUCUUUUUGUUUUAGCUAAAAGCGAAAUAAUUAAAUCUAACAACGUAAAGCACUACAUUUACUUCAGCGUAGCGCUUCUUGUUUUAGCUAACGGUAACGGCGGUUUGUCCAUUCGUUGUUUAUUCAGCUCAUAUUUGGGCUUUAUUUCACAAUCAAGAAGCUCAGAAGUUAUAAAACAAAAGCCACAUAUUGAUGUUCAAUAUCAACUUUUUAGUUUUUCUUCAACAACAAUAACAUGUGAUAUGUAUUCUUUUGCUUUAGCUUUCUUUCGUAGCCAACAAGCUAAAAACAACUCAGAGUUUGGGGUUGGAAAAAAAGUUUGUAUAGCAAAUGAUCUUUUUAAAAACUUUUUACAACCAUGACAAUUAAAUUUGUUUUACGUUAAAAGAAUAUCCGUUGUCUUUGGAAAAGAAAGAAAAAGCAUCAGCAGGUUGAACUAAAAUAUUUUUGGAAAGGCAGAAAGCACAAAUUACAAAUAAAUAAAUUUAGAAGCAAUUUAUAAGAAAACUAAAGUUUUUGGGAUGUUGUGUGAGAAUCUUUCCCAUCGUGGGAACUCCUUUAGUGAAAGCAGAAAUGUAAAUGUGGCCGUAAACAAACGAUCGAGCCCCAUAUGGAGGCGGAGCUAACUGUUGACGAUCUUAACGUUAGCCGGUGUGUUAACUUGUUGGACAGGCUGGUACGGAGUUUCACCACCUACAUGACAUAUAUAUUAUGAUAUAUAUAAAUAUAUUUAUUUAUAUGUAAAUAAAUAUUUAUAUAUAAAUAUAUAUAUAUAUAUAUAAAACUAUAGAAGGAGCUCAACAUAUUUAAUAUAAAAAUAUAUUUAUAUAUAUAUAUUAAAUAUGUUGAGCUCCUGUUUAAAGUGGCAAAAGGCAAGUUUUUUGUUUUGACAACAUUUUGUGAAACGGCUACGGCGGGAAUUCAUGGUAAUAUAUUUUAAUAUUCCUUGCUUUUCCGUCUGAUGGUCUGAAUAAGUACAAAAUAAUGAAAGCAAACAACACAACUUUAUUUAGUUGGCGUUGUCUCUGUGUAAUAAAAGAAAGUAAAAAAGUUGUCCAUUGCCACUUUAAUAUAACUUUGUUUUCUAAUCGGCUAAUAACAAGUUAAAACAAAACGGUGGCAUUUUAGCUUCUUUUUACUUAAAUACAAAAAUAAUGGUUGAGCGACUUGGAUUUUAAACGUCUGAUUUAAAAAAAUAUUUUACAUGAAUAAAGGAAACCACUUUUUUUUUUUUUACAGCCUUAUGAAGUGUUUGCUAGCCAGAUGAAGAGCAUUUGUAUAAGCGUGUGUCCGUCGUGGUGCAUUAACUCACGGGCGGUCCGGAGCUGCCACACCAGCAUUUAUCACUUCUAUUGCACGUGAAAUUCACUUCACUUUAUUACCCCGAUCUGUCCAAAACAUCCUCAUUUAAUGAGUAAAAUGAGGUCAUAAUUGUUUCUAAAUUGCACACGCAGCAUAAUGAAAGCGUCCGUGUCAUAAUAUAGCAAUGUUUUUAUUAAAAUACAUGUUUUGAUAAAUCUUUCUCCCUCCAGUGACUCGGCCUCUCAAAGUAUUUUGUUUUUUGUAGUUUCUUCUGUUUCCUUCAGUAUUGAUGCCAGUUAUUAACGCCACGUUGCCUCUUUGUGUUUUAACGAUUAUUUUGCUUUCAACUCCUCUAACUAAUCGUCCUCGGGUUUGUUUUCCGUCUGGUUUGCAUUUAUUUCUGUCGGCCUGUCGAGUCCUAGAUGGUUUUAUAAAAUGGUGUCAUUGUACAAAUGGGUGUUUUUAAAUGAAAGGAUUUCUGUUGUUAAAAGGUGAUUGUAAAUCAUUUUUUAAUUUAAGUAAAAAUCAAAUGUCACAAA